UCAGCUGCAGUUUCAUAAAGAGGACCAGAGGCUGGCAGGGAAAAGACCUGGAGGUGAGGGUCCUACCGUCUAGCCCUGCUCCAGGAUCCGCAGGCUCCUGGAAAUCUUAGGUCCAAGGUCACGGCUAGCCUCUGGAGCUCCUGUCUGCUUGGAUCAUGAACUGGCAGAAGCUGUGGCUGAACUUCCUGUUCCCCAUGACAAUAUCAGGCCAGGCCCUGACGCCUGCAGAAGAGGCAGCUCUGGAAUACCUGUUUCAAUAUGAGUAUCUACAGAAGCCUCUAGAAGGACCUCAUGUCUUCAGGCCAGAAGAUAUCACGGAGGCUCUGAGAGCUUUUCAGCGAGCAUCUGAGCUGCCAGUCUCAGGGCGGUUGGAUGAUGCCACAAGGGCCCGUAUGAGGCAGCCUCGUUGUGGCCUAGCGGACCCCUUCAACCAGAAGUCCCUUAAGUACCUGCUUCUAGGCCGCUGGGGGAAGAAGCAUUUGACCUUCCGCAUCCUGAACCUGCCCUCCACCCUCCCAUCCCAUGUCACCCGGGCAGCCCUGUUGCAAGCCUUCCAGUACUGGAGUGACGUAACCCCUCUGACCUUCCAGGAGGUGAAGACUGGCUGGGCUGACAUCCGUCUUUCCUUCCAUGGCCGCCAGAGCCUGUAUUGCUCCAACACUUUUGAUGGGCCCGGGCGAGUCCUGGCCCAUGCUGACAUCCCGGAGUUGGGCAGCGUGCACUUUGAUGAAGAUGAGCUCUGGACUGAAGGCACCUACCGAGGGGUGAACCUGCGCAUCAUUGCAGCUCAUGAGCUGGGCCAUGCCUUGGGGCUCGGACACUCCCGAUACACCAAGGCUCUCAUGGCUCCUAUCUAUGCUGGCUACCACCCCUACUUCAAGCUGCACCCGGAUGAUGUGGCCGGGAUCCAGGCUCUAUAUGGCAAGAAGAUCCCAGAGACCAGAGAUGAGGAAGAAGAGUUGGAGCUGUCCACUGUAUCCCCAGUGCCCACAGAGCCCAGUCCCAUGCCAGACCCCUGCAAUGGUGAACUGGAUGCUGUGAUGCUAGGGCCUGGUGGAAAGACUUACGCCUUCAAAGGGGACUAUGUGUGGACUGUGACCAACUCAGGGCGGGGACCCCUAUUCCGCAUCUCUGCCCUGUGGGAGGGGCUUCCUGGAAACCUGGAUGCUGCCGUCUACUCCCCACGAACACGGAGGAUCUACUUCUUCAAGGGAGACAAAGUGUGGCUCUACAUCAAUUUCAAGAUGGUUCCUGGCUUCCCCAAGAAGUUGAAUCACAUAGCACCGAACCUGGAUGCGGCUUUCUACUGGCCUUUCAACAAAAAGGUGUUCCUCUUGAAGGGCUCAGGGUACUGGCAGUGGGAUGAGCUGGCUCCAGUGGACUUCAGCCGUUAUCCCAAACCCAUCUCAAGCUUGUUUACGGGAGUGCCAGCCCAGCCCUCAGCUGCUGUGAGUAGGAAUGAUGGCCGAGUCUACUUCUUCAAGGGCAAAAAAUAUUGGCGUCUCAAUCAACAGCUUCGGGUGGAGAAAGGCUACCCCAGAAGCCUUGCCCACGACUGGAUGCACUGUCGCCCCCAGACCCCGGAUGCUACCCUCUCAAGUGGAGUUACCACUGGUUCAGUCAUGAAGAGAACCUUGGCUACUACUCUUUCAGCCACAGACCCCACCUUGAACGCUGACACAGUCUUGGGCUUGACUCCUUCAGCCACAGACUCGCCCAUUCUUGCCUUAUCUCCCAAUGUCAUUGACCCAGACAGCUAAGGUCUGCUCACUGAGCAAUGUAGGCACUGCACCAGGUGUGGAAACCAUGGACCCUUGGCCCGGUUCCACUGCUAGCCACAACUCUUCCAUGCUCUCUCUCCCCAUUACUUUGACUUGGCUCCCUGAGCUCUGUCUAUUCCCUCCCCAUAAUAGAGAGUGCUUCUGGCUGUGUCUUCUACUCUCUGGAGGCCGAUGGUGGAGGGGCGUGUCAGCCAGGCCUGUAACUGACAAGUGGGAACAGCUGGGAAGACUGGAUGUUUGUUUCCCCUUCUGCACAGUGUGAGAAAGAACAUGGCCUAUAAAAUGAGCAAAGGCUUUGGAA